CUCACCGGGCGUAAUUUAUACUUUUUGUGAUCUGAUACCCAAGCUUCAACCCCCGCAUACGUCAUUAUUAUUGAUCUGCAUCAAUUAAUCGACUAGCUAGCAAACAAGCAAAUAAGUAACACAACAUCUAUAUUUUCACUCGAAUCAAUUCAGGUUGUUAAGAGAAAGGGUCAAGAAUAUACUCAUACACAUGAAGAAUAAGAACCCCUUAAAACAGAGAAUAACAAGCAAGCAAGCAAGCAAGCAAGCAAGCAAACAAACAAACGAUUAAAACGAUUAAAAUGACGGAAGCUACGCAUACAAAAUUGAUGGAUACGGAGAGGGGAGGGGAGAACACACAAUAUGAAUCCCAAAUAUAUUUACGCAGUCGCCUGCUAAAGACCAGGGGACUUUUGGAGACUCGACAGGACCCUCCGAAGCCACUCUCCAAAAAGCCGCAGAACACAAAGCGCGUGGCGAGCGAACGGCGGAGAAUAUUAGAUACGGAGAGGCGAUUAGUGAGCAUGGGUUUGGAGGGGAGACGUAGGGAAAUAGUAUGGGGGUUGGGGGCGGAGAGAAUAAGGAGGAGGACGGAGGAUACGAGGAGAAGAUGGGUUAUGGAGGGUGGAACGAGUUGUGGUUGA